AUGCUAUACAUCCCAUGGAGAAAUGAAGUGGAUGAAGUUGAAAAUGAGAACAUUGAUCAACAGACCAUAUACAAAGAUCGAUACCAAGAGAUUGUUGCAAAUCGACAAAAGUUCAAUGUCUUAGAUGAACAGGUAAUCGACGAAGCACUGAAACUUGCCGAAGACCGAUCAAAUCAAUUAGACGAUGGUGGAUUCGGUGGAGAAAUCGAUGAUGAGUUUAUGCCUUAUGGACUAGACAACCCCAUUUAUGAUCCAUUCAAUCACAUCAUCGAUAAGAAAGACGACGAAGCGCCAGUAAAACAUAUCGCUUUUCCAACGCCUCAUCAGAUAAGCGAUUCAGAGUAUGAAGCCCUCAUAAGCAAACUGAAUCACAAGCAGUAUCAGUUCCUUAAUGUCGUGCAAGACAGUCUAAUUGAAGGGGAAACUUUCUACUGCACACUUAGUGGUCCAGCAGGUACAGGCAAAAGUCACCUGAUUACGGCAAUAACCCAGUCGUUAUUGCGCCAUUUUAACUCAAUACCGGGAAAUAAUCCUGAAAGUUUAAAAGUGUUACUUUGUGCGCCUACAGGUAAAGCGGCAUUUAAUAUCGGAGGUAUAACCUUACAUGCGGCAUUAUCGUUACCCGUUAGUCAGUAUGGUGAAGAACUAAUUCCGUUACACCAUGACACCGUUAAUACUAUAUAUUGUAAUUUGUAUGACUUAAAAUUAAUUAUCAUAGAUGAUUAUUCCAUGGUUGGCGCCAGAUUGUUUGACCAUAUUAACAGUAGAUUGCAGCAAAUCUUUAAAUCUGACGCCAUCUUUGGAAAUAUUUCAAUAAUUUUAUGCGGCGAUAAUCGUCAAUUACCCCCAGUAAGGGAUAUGUAUAUUUUUUGCCCAGUAAAAACAAAUCCGUAUAAAGAAUUAUGCGGAACGUAUCUCUGGGAUCAUUUUAAUUAUUUUGAACUUUCAGAAAUAAUGAGACAGAGUGAAGAUAAGUCUUUUGCAGUUGCCCUCAAUAAUAUGGCGUUUGGUAAAAUGACCGACGAAGAUGUGCAAUUGAUCAAGUCCAGGGAAGUCGACAGUAUUGACCAAAUUCCUGAAGACACUAUGCAUUUAUUUUGCACCAAUGCAGAAGUAGAUGCAUUCAAUGAAAUGAAACUGUCUACAUUUAAAACCGAGCGAGCCAUGCCAAAUAUAUGA